UAAAACUUGUGUUUAAAUUUUUUCUCAAUAAACUUGAUGAAGUCUUAUGGUAUCAUAUUAACAUUUAGUGCUUAUUUUGGUUCUUGUACUAUAAAUAUGAAGAUGUAAUGUAGUUACAUUGUAUACUUGUAAUCUCAGUAUGGCUCCAUGAAACCUGUCCUCUGAUGCUAUUAAAUAAGUAAGUAAGUAAGCACUACCAACAAUGAUAAGCUGUUUAGUCAUGACCAAUGAUCUCCCUGAAUCACUUUCUCAAGAGUGAACUUUAACCAAACAUUAUCAUCCAACUCAGGUGAACUUUGACCCUCCAGCUUCAAUGUACUACACUGAGGAGUAACAGCGACAGCGAGAAAAACUACUUAAAUGUUUCCUGUUUCAGUUUGUUGACAUGUUUUGUUGAUAUGAGGACCGAUAAAUAAAGAGUUAAAGCUUCACAACAUUUGGGGAAGAUGACGCAGAACAUGUUUCAGGAGGGGCUGUACCAUGUGUUCUUUAAAGAAACACCUCCAGCCUGCCCACUGACCCAGGUUACCAAUCAAGGGGAUCUACUGAAUGUCAGAAUUCAUCGCUGGUUUGGGAAUGUGGUUAACACCAGACUUUUAGUCAGUGGGGUGGUGCAGAUCCUCAGUGCCUUAGCUUGCAUACUGACCACAGUCACCUACGCAUGUGUGAGCUACAACUGCUCUAUCUCCAUGUUAACACCAGUGUGGUCAAGCUUGGUUUAUGUGGCUUCUGGGUGUUUGGCAAUAGAGGUGCAGAGGAAAGCCACUAAAUUAAAGAUCAUCACUUUGAUGGGUCUAAACAUCUUUGGUCUGCUGUUUGGUUUCUCUGCUCUCCUAGCCAACAGCCUCAGGUCUGCACAGCCUGCCACACUCAACACAAACCAACAGCGUGUUGGUUCACAUGUUGCAAAGGGGAGCUCCUUAGCAUUUACUGUCAAGUGUUUUCUGGCAUCAGUCUACAUAGUUUUCCUGUCCUGGAGAGGCCUACGUCGCUACAGUUCUCUCCAUGCUCAGGCCUACAGCCGCCUCCCACAGGAUCAAGAUGAAACCAACGGACCUCUACUGGAACAAGAGGAAUUCACUUUGUGAAACUCAAAGGGCUCAAAAGACUGACAUGACACCUGCUUGUUAACGGUUUUGUUAACUGGUCGAGAUCAGGGUCUGUAUGAUGGCAUGGUAUGAACAGCUUGUACAAUCCUGACUGAUGAAAGCAGUUUAGAUAUUGCGAAAUCAUAUCAUGUCACAGGACUGAUGAUUCAGUAUCACUUCUCUUUUGGGAUUCCCAAAAAGUUGAAUAUACACUUUCCUCAAACAAAAAUGAAAAAGGCGUUAAACAAGUCAUGAUGUAUAUAACACAGAGAAAUGACUGAUUCAGUUAAAUUUAGUAAAAUAAGUGCAUGUGUAUGUUUCCACAGCUGAACUCUUUAUCUUAAUGAACAUUUUUUCAUUCAAAGAUGUUGCACUAAGACCAACACUAGAGGGCAGCAUUUCUAAAAAAAAUUCACAUGGUGUACUGUCUGCUCCUCAAAUUCACUUCCUCUGUUUAAUGUUAGAAUUGUUUUACAUCAGUUGCCAAAUGCAUAAAGUUGUUCACUGACUGCCCACCCAAAAAUAUGUGCUGAUCAUGGAAAUGACAUAUAUUGAAGAUUGGGUGACGACACACUAAGCUGAAAUGAUUUUAUUACUAAAGUGUCAGAUAUCACAUUGUAUGCAUGCAGUAACAUCCCCAACCUGACACCAUUAACAAGUUAUCACUUUAUAUUUUCACACUAGGAGACACACUGUACUGGAUUGGAGGAUGUCCCAAAAGUGUUUAGAACAAGUGAGAGUAAACGAGAAUCUAAAAGUAUGGAAGCUAAACAAGUGCAAAAUGUACAAUACAGUGCAAACAUCAGUGCAAAGAUCACUUGAUUACCCAAGGGGCUGAAAUAAGUCUGUAACACUACUCUCUACAUAAUCACAUUUGUAAAUCACAUAACCAUUGCUGUGAGGAUAUACUCAUUGCAGGUUAGUGUACAGCCAUCUUCUCUUCAAAACCUAAACACUGUCAGCAGACGGGCCUCUUGUUGUAGAAUGAUGUACAAAUUGUGAAUUCAUUUUCAUCUAUGAUCAUUUGAGCGUAAUAAAUAAAUUGUUUUACUAAUUUUGCAUUGAUCUCUUAAAUUCUCAGACUGAUCCAGACGUAACCGUUAUCCUAACCUCAGCCUAAACCAAACACUAACUUUUCACUAAAAAUCAAGUUCCAGCCCCAAAAAUGGCCUUUAAAGCAAUGGUAUUUCAAAGGGGGGUUCUGGGGGCUCCCAGGAGAACCUUCUAGGUGGGUCCCCAGCAAAACAGAGAAUAAUUUAUUUUCACUCUAAUUCCAUCCUUAAGAAACACAAUGACAGAAUAAUAAAUAAAAUAUAAUAAUAAAACAAAA